AUGCUCUUUAAAUUGACAGGCACUGUGGAGAAAUGCAAGCCCGUCCAGAGUCGCGAGUACAGCUUCGAGGAGGCGAUCACGUUGGCUGGUGUUGGCCGAUUUCACCUGAAACUGCUGCUGAUCUGUGGCAUGUGCUUCAUGGCUGUUAUGGUGGAGAUAAUGGGCGUUAGUCUAAUCAUGCCACUGGUCAAAUGCGAUCUGAAUGCCACACUGGGUGAGCAGGGCAUACUCGCCUCGGCUGGCUUUCUGGGCGUCGUUCUCAGCUCGCAUGCGAUGGGCUUCCUGGCGGACACUUGGGGUCGGGUCGCAACGCUCCGGAUUGCGAUAGCGCUCAGCGCGAUCUGCUCGAUAGUGUCCGCGUUUUCGGUCAACAUUUGGAUGCUGAUCGUGUGCCGUUUCCUUACCGGCUUCUUCAUCUCCGGCGGACAGGCGUGUGUGUUCAGCUUGUGUGGCGAGUUCCAUGGCAAUGGGUCUCGUGUCCGUCACGUCACACUCCUCUCCUGCUUCAUGUGCAUUGCCAUGAUGUUUGCACCCGCUGUUGCCAUUGGCAUUCUGCCGUUGCAGUUCGAGGGCUCGUUGCUGGGCUUGCCACUGUCCUCGUGGCGUUUGUUCAUCAUUGCGGAUGUUUCGAUAUCGCUGAUAGCAAUUGUGGGUCUCUAUGCGCUGCCGGAGACGCCCAAAUAUCUGCUCGUCCAGGGUAACGUGGAGGAGGCACUGCAAACGCUGGGCAAAAUCUAUGAACAGAAUUUUGGACGAUCUGCCGGCGAUUAUCCCGUCAAGCGUUUAUCGCCACAAACCGGUGGCGCCAGUUUGUCCAGCGUUCACAGUUUCUGUGAUGCAGUGCGUCUCGUCUGGCAGCAGACGGUGCCGCUGUUCUAUCGCUCCCGCGUCUUCCACACACUGAACAUCUGCACCACACAGUUCAUCAUCUAUGGCAUUGCCCAGGGCAUAUUCAUGUGGUUCCCCACCAUACUCAACGAGCUGGGCAAGCACAGUGGUGAGGGCUCAUUGCUCUGCACCAUCUUGCAAGGCUUCAACACACCCGCCGAGACCGAGAUCGCCUCAGACAGUGUCUGCCACAUAGCAGCCGAUAUCAAUACGUACCAGGUGAUGAUCUGCAUUGGUGGUGCCUUCACAGUCAUCUAUCUGAUAUUUGCCUACACCAUCGAUAUGAUUGGCAAACGGAAUCUGCUGAUUGGCUGGAUGAUGUUGACAAUUGUGUGUUUGAUCCUGUUGCAUUGGCUCGAGAAUUUUGCACUGGUUGUCAUCGCUCUGACCAUAUCGAUGGCCAUUGGCAAUUGUGGGGGCUUGGUUAGCACGAUUGCUAUGGAUUUCUAUCCGACGCAGAUAAAUGCGAUGGGCAUGUGCUUCAUCAUGAUGGUGGGUCGCCUGGGCGCUGUGGUCGGCAGCAAUCUGUUGGGACGACUCCUGUUCAAUAGCUGUGACACUACAUUCUGGGCACUGCUUGGCGUGGUCAGCGUGCUCAGUGUGAUGACAUACUUUCUACCGGAUCAGGCCAACACUGCCAACACCUCCAAGGCCAAGUCUGACAGCAUCAGCAGCGCCACCACCAGCAGCAGCCAGGAAAUUAGCUCUAAGUAACUGUA